AUGAGGAGCCUCAACCUGGUCUGCAGGGAAAUCAGAGAUAGAGUCCUGGCGCCCGACUCCGCGCUCUGGCGGGCUCGAUUUGGCGACAAGUUCGACAUCCCCGCGGGGCGAACCAACGCAGAGCUCAAGACCGAAUAUCAAAUUCGGGCAAUCGUGCUUCCGCAGACGAUUGAUUUCAACCAGGAGAAGAGUGAGCAUCAAACCUUCUGGCUCGAGGUCCUUCAGCAAAUGCUCAUCGAGUCUCUCAUCCUGCCUGUGAACCCUGAUACCUCCAAGACCUAUGAGCGAAUCCAGGAGAUCCUGACGGAAAGUGAACUCCUGGAACAUCCAAAGAGGGAGAAUCCAUCAGAACUGUUCUGCACAGUCCAACUUUGCCUAACCACCCUGGCCCUCACCAUUGAUCCUCCGGAUAAAAAAGCGCCAGCGAUUAAGAACAAAUGCAGUCGAUCCGAAUAUGACAUAGGGAUAGUCUAUUCCCAUGGAAUGGAACUGCGAGGUCCGUUCAUUGACCACAAGAGACUCGAUCUUGCCACAUUGCUACACAUGCGCAGCUUUUGGCAGCGCCACAUCGUGAAUAACGCCGAGCAGUCCUUCCAUGACUCCUUCGCGCGGUUACCUGAAGACCACCGGCCCCAAGCACGAAACGCGAAUGUCGAUAAUGGAGCAAGCCUAAGUGUUUCCUGGCUCGGGUACUAUUCAUGCCUGCAUCCCAUGCCAACCACAAGAAAGGACUUUGAAGACCAACAGAGUUGCGCUGAUCUUCGAGGAGCUCAUUUGAGCCAAGUUGACAUUAUGACCUUGGACAUUCACACCAAACCAGGCGAACCAUUUUGGCCCGAAGAAUGCAGCAAAUUCAUCCCCCAAUUCGGAGACGACGAAGUAAACCGCAUAUAUCUCGAAGGUGUACAGUCGACCCUCGGUGGCGAUCCUGCAAAUAAUCCGGUAUUUGGAUUUACCGAGGCAAUAGCCAAUCCUUAUGGCGGGUUCCCAGGCUGGACACGCAUUUGUUUCGCGAUCUGCAAACAGCCUGAUGAAAGUGAUGAAGAGGAAGCAAAUGACGAUGCGGGCUCGGACGCCAGCUCUAACUGGGUCCAUGGGUAUGAGGGUGUGAUCCUGCCUGGCGGGCGGGUCAUGCUGGGACGGUGGAUGGACCUGAAGAACAUGGAUGCCAGUGGUAGAGGCCCUUUCCUCUUCUGGGACUUGUAA